UAGUCCACUGCCAUCAUGUCUGACACAGAGGAAGUUGAUCAGGUCGAGGCCGUAGAAGAGGAAGUAGUAAAGGAAGUAGAGGUGGCCCCUGAGGCGGCCCCAGAGCCAGAGGCAGAACCAGAACCAGAACCAGAGCCAGAGCCAGAACCUGUGGUAGAACCUGAGCCAGAGCCAGAACCAGAGCCUGAGCCAAAACCAGAGGAGGUGCAUGAAGAGGAGAAGCCAAAGUUCAAGCCCAGUGCACCAAAGAUUCCUGAUGGCGAGAAAGUGGACUUUGAUGACAUCCAGAAGAAACGUCAGAACAAGGAUCUGGUCGAGCUGCAGGCCCUGAUCGAUGCUCACUUUGAGUGCAGGAAGAAGGAGGAGGAGGAGCUCAUUGCUCUCAAGGAGAGAAUCGAGAAGCGUAGAGCCGAGAGGGCCGAGCAGCAGAGGGUCCGUGCUGAAAAGGAGAAGGAGCGCCAGGCCAGACGUGAGGAAGAGAGGCUGAGGAAGGAGGAGGCUGAUGCCAAGAAGAAGGCAGAGGAGGAGGCCAAGAAGAAGUCAGCACUGUCCAGCAUGGGCUCCAACUACAGCAGCCAUCUGCAGAGGGCUGACCAGAAGAGAGGCGGAAAGAAAGAAACUGAGAGAGAGAAGAAGAAGAAGAUCCUGGCAUCCAGGCGCAAGGCCCUUAACAUCGACCAUCUCAAUGAGGACAAGCUGAAGGACAAGAUCCACGAGCUGCACGAAUGGAUGAGCCAGCUCGAGUCUGAGAAGUUUGAUCACAUGGAGAGACUGAAGAGGCAGAAGUAUGAGGUUACAACCCUGCGUAAGAGAGUGGAGGAGCUCAGUAAAUUCAGCAAGAAGGGAGCCGCCGCCCGCCGCAGAAAGUAGACCGCUCCGCCCGCGCGCCCGGAAGCCAAGCUGCGCCCCUCCUCACGAGAGCACGCGCUCUUUGGCCGCGGCUGAAGCCGAGACGCAGACGCAGAUGAAACCGAGUCUUACGUUUGGAUUAAACAGCGUCGCAUCACAUCCGACCAGGAGCCGAUCACCCACUCACUCAGUAGCUGCUGCUGUAGGAACACCCCUUCCUUGCUCGCUCUUCGCUGUUUGGUUCUCAGCAUUUUUGUAAAUAAAGUGUGCCUCUACAA